AUGUUUAAAUCGUUAACCAACAAGCGUCUAUUGGCGACAUCAGCAUCAGAGAAUGCAGCUAAACAGAAGCAGCAAUUUAAUGUCUUUGACAGAUCUGCAAAAUUAAUACAAAGAUCAAGAACGCCCAGUCUUAAUCCACAAGAAUCUCGUAAAGUAGAGUAUUUAAGAGAUGAGGUAGCAAUUAGGACUAUAGAAAGAUUGGCAUUUAUUACAAGAGACUUUGAUAGAUUAUUGGACUUUGGGUCACAUCUGGGUAAUUUAAUAAAGAACUUAUUUGAGGAAUCCAAGGUACCCGAAGCAGCAGACUCUGCUGAUAUGGAAAUCUGUAAACAGCUUAAUAACGAUAAAAAGACUAUAAGGUCCAAAAUCAAGGAAUUAGUCAUGCUUGAUUCAUCCAAAGACAUUCUUAAUAGGGAUGUUGAACAACCGUUCAAUGCUGAAUUUGAUGGAAAGCUUAUUCGUAAUGUAGGAGAUGAAGAAGCAUUCGACCAUGAAUGCUUACAAGAAUCAAAUCAGUAUGAUGCAGUCAUUUCAAAUUUAUCCUUGCAUUGGAUUAAUGAUUUACCAGCCACUUUGGCAAAUAUAAACCGUGUAUUAAAACCAGAUGGGUUAUUCAUGGGUACUUUAUUUGGUGGUGAUACGUUAUACGAAUUGAGAACGUCAUUGCAAUUGGCAGAAUUGGAAAGAAAGGGCGGAAUGUCCCCAAGAGUAUCACCCUUAGUACAUUUGAAUGACGUUGGGUCGCUCUUGAAUAGGGCAGGAUUUAGCAUGUUAACAAUCGAUUCAGAAGAUAUCGUAGUCGGUGGAUUUCCAGACGUAGUCUCAGUUUGCAAAGACUUACUGCUGAUGGGGGAACAAAAUUCUGUAUUAUCGAGAUCAAAUCUUUUACCAAGGGACGUAAUGUUAGCAGCCAACGAGAUUUAUAAGGCAUUACAUGGUGAAACUGAUGAGCACGGAAAUGUUACUUUACCUGCAACUUUCAGUGUUAUAUUCAUGAUUGGCUGGAAAAAGAGUGAAAACCAACCACAACCUCUAGCAAGAGGUACAGGCGAAAUUAAUUUGAAAGACAUCUUGUAG